AUGCGAUUACCGCUGACUGCACGGCAGAGGUCCCGUUUGGUGAAUUGGAUUCUCUUCGCUAUUUCGGUGUUUUUAUUCAUCACGUGGAGUCGUGAAGGUGCAAAAAUCUUCGAAAAGCGUGCAUACGAGAGAACUCAUACGGUUCCUGAUUACUCGAAGAACCGAAUAGGACCGGGUGAGAACGGUGCUCCAGUGAUCUUAGAAGGUGAAGAGAAACUAAUCGGCGAGCAGCAAAUAAAGACGGUUUUCAUGAAUGUGUUGGCCAGUGAUAAAAUUUCGUUAGAUCGAAGUAUACCGGAUUCACGAUCACGCGAAUGUCUCGCUCUUUCCUACCCGAGGCAUCUUCCCACAGCAUCGGUUGUCAUCAUUUUCACUAACGAGUUCUUUUCUUCGCUUCUCCGCACCGUUCAUUCCGUAGUCAAUCGAACUCCACCACAUUUGCUCAAGGAAAUUAUCCUUGUAGACGACAAAAGCAACAGAGAUGAGCUUGGCCCACCUCUUGACGAACAUUUGAAAAGAUUUGGUUCACUCGUGAUUCUCAUUCGAUCUACGGAAAGGCUUGGAUUGAUUAGAGCGAAGAUUAAAGGAGCAAAAGCUGCAACCGGUGACGUGAUCGUAUUUCUCGACGCUCAUUGUGAAGCAAAUGCUGGCUGGAUCGAACCACUGCUGGCACGAAUUCAAGAGGAGCGCACCGCUGUUGUCUGCCCCAUCAUCGAUUCAAUUUCCGAUACAAACCUCGCCUAUUUAGGUGGAUCCCAUGGAGGAAUUGGUACGUUUUGGUGGUCCCUUCAUUACAGUAUAUCAUCGAUGCCUAAGAGAGAAAUUGAGCGAAGGAAGCAUCCAGAAACCGACUACAUACGGUCGCCAACGAUGGCUGGAGGUCUGUUUGCUGUGGAUCGCAAGUACUUUUUCGAAAUUGGGGCUUAUGAUGAAGAAAUGGAUAUUUGGGGAGGCGAAAAUUUGGAGAUCUCUUUCCGAGUUUGGAUGUGCGGAGGUUCGGUUGAACUAAUCCCAUGCUCCCAUGUUGGCCAUAUCUUCCGAUCAGGACAUCCCUAUGAUAUGACAGGCCGAAACGACAAUAAAGAUGUGCAUGGUACGAAUUCCAAGCGGCUGGCAGAGGUAUGGAUGGACGACUACAAACGGCUCUUCUACGUUCACCGAAUGGGUCUUAAGGACUUGGACGUUGGUGAUCUAACAGAAAGAAAGCAGCUACGAGAGCGGCUCAAGUGCAAAUCUUUCAAAUGGUACUUAGAUAAUGUGAUUCCGGAGAAAUUCGUACCGGACGAGAACGUCUAUGCAUAUGGACACGUCAGAACUGAACGAGGACUUUGCUUAGACACUCUUCAGCGACUUGAGAAUAAGGGGACAGUUAUCCUUGGCGUUUUUGGUUGCCAAGAGGGCGGUAGUUCAGCAGAAGUAAGUUAUUGUAUGCUUUUUUAA